AAGUGUUACUUUAAAUACUGUCCAGACGGAAAUUCAACACCUUAUUCUAUUAACGGGAUUUAAUUUUCCUUAUGUACCUGUAUUAUGGACGGAUUAUAACGGGUCGUAAAUGGUGAUAGUGUUCUUUGACUUUGAAAGUUUUGCUGUUAAAUGUGUCUCUUUCUUUGAAUCUGUGACUUUUUUAUUUCAUAAAAUGAUAACAGGACUCCUACAGCAGAGAAAAGAUACUUUCAUGCACAAGUUUUAAAGACGUAUUGUAGACGGAUCGGCUCGUCUUUUAAAUUAACUAAAUAAAUCUGGUUUGACUAUAGAGUCGUCAUUACGCGUUCCGUUGCUAGGAUACGGAGGACGCUCAACACAGAACAGGACGGUGGAUAUUUCCCUGUUUAAUACCACCAACCACACCGGGAUUACCUGUUUUAUACUAUUAUAAAGGAUUAAAAGUGGGUUGAAUUUUAGUAAGUCAUCGUUUUGGAUGCAUCAGAGCAGGUUUGGACCAAAGUGUCCUCAGACAUGCAGUCUGUGACAAGUGAACUUAAAAACCUUCAUCUACCAGCACUGUGGGACAAAAAGGCACAGAAAUGUGGACUACGACACACAGUAUUUUCAGCCAAUGGAGACAAAUACACUGGAGAAUGGAAAGACAACCUCAAACAUGGAAAGGGGACACAGGUUUGGAAGAGAACUGGUUCCAUUUAUAGUGGAGACUGGAAAUGUGGAAAACGUGAUGGACUCGGUUCCUACAGCAUCCUGCUCCCAGAAACCAAACAGUAUGAGAAGAAAUACUGUGGACAAUGGAAACAUGGACAGAAGCAUGGCCAGGGGAAAUACUUCUACAGAGACUCAUCGGUUUAUGAGGGCGACUGGAGCGAAGGCCGUCGCAGUGGAUGGGGAAGGAUGUACUACGCAAACGGAGACUUCUAUGAAGGACAGUGGUUGAAGGAUCAGAAGCAUGGACAGGGCAUGAUUCAAUAUGCAAAUGGAAACUGGUACGAAGGCUCCUGGAAGGACGGUAAGAAAAAUGGCAACGGGAAGUUUUACUAUUUGGACACGGGUCAGCUUUAUGAAGGCUACUGGGUCAACGGAACCGCUAAAUGUGGAACCCUGUCUGACUGUGGAAGGGAUCACGCACCGAGGCCUACAAAGUAUUCACUUCCACAGGUUCAACUUGCAGAUAUGCACUUGGUUUUAAGGGAAGCCCUGUCAUUGCACUGCAACCACAAUGGAUGAACAACAACAACAGGUCAACACUACCACAUACAGA